GCUAACACAUUAUGUAUGGAUUUGUUUGCUAGAGCACCGCUGGCACCUUUCGAGGGUGGUGGUGUAUGUGAUGAUCUUGACGGUUCUGAGACAUCCUCAUUAGUUACUGACACUGACCAUCAAAUAAAACGAGUUUCGUCGAUCCCAUUCGAUGCUAGCUUCUCUUUUGAAGAUUCACUCACUGACCUUAUUGGGAAUUUUGAUGAAAAGGUAUAUCAUUGUUUCGAAAAUUUUGACGUGGACCCUGAAAACGCACAAAAGAUUAAUUUUUCAGGAAAUGUUCCAACUUUAAAUGACGUUAACUGCGAAAGAGUUCGUACCCACUGAAUCUUACCCGCUUCAUAGCUUACCAAGUAACGUUAAUUUGUAUGAUCUCGAUCAAUUCGAACUUGCAGAUGCCGAUGGAAUAACUGAAGAUGGAGUUAUAAAAACAAGUUUGUUACAAACAUGCAGUGCUUUAAAUUACUCAAACGAAUCUAUUUAUUCAGGACGAGGCACUGUUACUACUUUAUCCUUGUCAUCCGUGUCAGUUAGUCCUCGUUCAUCAACACUUGAUGGAGGUUUUCCAAAUACAUUGGCCCAAAUCCCCGAUAGUGGAAUCUCAAACACCGACGAAGAGCUAAACAGUUACUUUAAAGAUUUUGAUGAUGAAAACAUCCUUGACAUUUUUCAAUCUCACCAUCCUUCCCUACCUUUGAAAAAAACUCAAAGUUGGGUAGAUGACCUUCAGAAUUUGAAAACCAGCGUUCUCAAGCUUUAUGUUCAGCAAAUGAAUGACGAAAUUAUGCAACUUUCAGAUUGCUUAGUGGAUUCUCUAGCGGAACGAGACGAGCUUUUAAUGCUUCGUGAAGCCAGUGAUGACUUUAUUAUAUUACUUAACUUGGUCCACGAGCGAAAAACUCAGGCAUCCAAAGCAGCUCUUCUAGCAACAGCCAAAAGCUUGAUUCGUUCCAAAACUUUGUUUCGUGUCACUACUCCUUGGUUUACUAAAAGACCACAUAUAUCUGCUUCUAGUACACUGUCGUUAGUUGGAUCUCAAGAUAUCGAGAAACCAGGCACCACAUCACUUGUCAGAAAUGAACCAAACCCAGUAAAUUCAGUUCAUUUAGAUUUACAAAAUAAUUCUGUUGCUUAUGUCGUCUCCCUUAAUCUUCAUUCAAAACUAAGAAGACCCAGAACACAACCAAUACAUGUUCACAGGAAAAAUCAAUCAGAUGUUAAGAGUGUUUCUAACUCAGUCAGUUCGAUUGAUUCUAGGCAACUAAAUGAAUCACAUCUAUCUAAAUGUGCUGAUUUAUCUUCAGAAAGCAUUAAAUCAAUACCUACCAGACAAGCAAAAAUACGAUAUGAAGCUCUCGUGAAUUUGUGCAACUCUACUAAUUGGCCGAACGGUAAACCGCAAAAUAGUCGAUCCUUACUUUUAUGUAUACCCUAUCGAAUCAAACCGGGCGUUGGAAUUUCCAUUCAAGAACUACGUCUACUAAAUCAAAGUGAGUUUUUAGAAUGAAAUUAGCCCAUAAAGUUAAUGUCUACUAGUCUUAGCUAUAGAAUCCGUGAUAUAAUCGACACCUGCGGUUAGAAAUACUAGGUUAUAUGGUUUGUCAGUCAAAUUGAUAAAGUUGGAUUUAUUGCAGAUUUUCCUUGAUAUAAUAAGCUUAAUAUUGUUUCAUACUUUUGACCCGUCUUCCUCAUUUUUUAUAUUUAUCGUUACAGUGUAACAAACAGUAUUUUCACUCGUGCUUUUCAUCUACGUAAUUUCCUCUCUCACUCUACUGCUGAAUGGUGUAGUAACUUGGUUCUUUAUGCUACUGUUCUUGAAAACCCCAAAAUAGAAAAAUUACUCGAAAGUUACAUAAUGAACGUUACUAAUUCUAACGACAUCGCUAACUGGAUAAAAACUGUUGAACCUCUUCGAUGUUAUGAUUCUAAAAAGUUGAAUGGUGUUUCAUGCCAAAAUCAACAUCGUAAUCAUCUCCUAUCGACAUCAAUGCAAACUCAAUGUGCUUGAUUGUCUUUCAUAAUUCAUCGUUUUUCCUCUUGCUUCCAUUUUGAUUUACAAAGUAUAUUGCAUUUUCCAGAAAUUUUUUCAAUGCUUAGUGUGUGGAUUUAAAGCUAAAAUUUUUAUUGGCAUUAAUAACCAAUUCUCGAAUUAAAUAUCCUGGCCAGUGUAUGCAUUCUAUUACUUUCAACAAAUUACAAUCAAGUUUUGUCUAAUGCCUACAGCUUUUACUACAUUAAAAUUGAACAAGAUUUGAUUUACUACUUACAUAUUUAUAUCUAUACGUAAUUUUAUGUCAUCAAGUUGACACUGGUGCUUUUUUUAACUUCAUUUUUUCCUCAUCUCUUUAAAUUUUAUCCACUUGUCAUGUAAUUGCAUUGAUUGAUCUUUUUUCGGUUACCACACUUAUUUACUUUUGCUGUUUUGUUUUUAUAUGAAGUCAACGUUAGAGACAAGUUUCUAUCAAUGCUUUUAUUGUAUAUCACACAAUAAAGACAUUUAUUAACAUGCUUUCGUCAACUAUAUUAUUAGUAGGGAAACAGUGUUCAUAAUUCUUGCUCACUAUUGGCUUCGGUACUAAAGAUGGUUAUAAAUUGUUCUUUGUUGUCAAGAUAGCCUUUUUAAGUUUAUUUAUAUAUUACAUAUUCUUUGUUCAUUCUUGGCAUUACUAUAUGCGCUUGAAAAAAUGCGUGUUACUUUCAUCUUCCUGUGAAUUGUGCAAUAUUUUAUUGUUUUAAUUAUGUC